GAAAACGGAGCAGAUAUUAAUGCAGAACAUGAUAAUAAAAUUACUCCUUUAAACAAAGUCAUACUAGUUGGUAAUUUAGGAAAAGAUCCUGAAAUUAGGACUACACAAAAUGGAAAAGAAAUGGCAAGUUUUUCAAUAGCCACAUCUGAAAGUUGGACUGAUAAAUUUUCUGGUACGCGCUCUGAAAAGACAGAAUGGCAUAAUAUCGUAAUUUUUAGUGAAGGAUUAGUAAAAAUCGUCAAAGAUUUUGCACGCAAAGGCAGUAAAGUUUAUGUUGAAGGUUCUUUGAGAACUAGAAAAUGGACUGACCAAAACGGUGGUGAAAGAUACACAACAGAGGUGGUUCUAUAUAAUUUUAAUAGCGCUCUUACUCUCUUGGAUUCACGAAAUAGUGCGCCAAAUUCUGAUUACAAGCCAAGUGAAUACAAACAAGGUGAAACAGAACAAAAAGAUAAACACGAAAGUUUUGACAACGAUAUAAAAGAUGAACUA